AUGGCGCCUGACCUAUCGCAGCAUUUCAAGUUUAUGGCAGUAGCCUUAUUCGUUGGAUACAAAGCGCUCUUGAAGAAUGAAACUCCUGUGGCGUGUGUGGUAACUCGCGGUUGCCAGAUUAUAAGCAUUGGUUACAAUCACACCAACAUUACUUUAAACGGUACUAAGCAUGCAGAGUUCAUUGCGCUAGGCAGACUAAAAGAGCCUGUAGAUUACAAGAAUUUGACAUUGUAUGUUACGGUAGAGCCGUGUAUCAUGUGCGCCUCAUACUUGCGCCAACUAGGUCUCAAAAAUGUCAUAUAUGGGUGUGGUAAUGACCGUUUUGGUGGAGCUGGAACGAUCUUACCACUACACAAUGAUCCAAAACUUCCGCAUAAACCAUUGACGUGUAUAGAUGGAAUUUGCAGAACAGAGGCUAUACAAUUGUUACGAAAUUUUUACAUUCAAGAAAACGAAUCAGCACCAACCCCAAAGCUAAAAAAGAACAAAGAUAUAGAUGACAAGGUGUUCCCGCCUAAUAUCAAUCCACAUUUAGAUGAGUAUCCCGAAUUUUAUGGUGAAGCCCGUAUCAAACGAAAGGACACAGAGUUAACUCCAAUAGUUGGUAAAGGGUACAACGUGUCUGAGUUUCUUAACCUUGAAGAAUUGAAAAAAGUUCCGCAUUUGGAGGAGGAAUUGGGCAGUGUAACAAAUGAUCAAGUGGCUGAUUUUGAAGCAUUAUUUUAUGAUAUAAAUGAAUCAGGACAUGUGUUGUAUGAGCAACACGUUGAAAAGUAUGAUUCCAAAAGGCGAAAGCUUAGCUUGGAUAGCCAAUAA